CCCUCCUUCCGCCCCUCCACUCACUGAAACGGAAUUAAAAAAUCUUUAAUAUCUUUCCAGCAACGAGCCUCACCGCUGCAGCACAAACACAUAUACAUAUACACACUGUGGGCCUUUUAAAAAACCAAGAAGAAGAAGAACUAGCCUGCAGAAUUAAGAGCAUCUUCUUCACAUUAACAUUACUCAUCAUCUGACAAAAGAGGGGGAGUAUUGAACGUAUAGCACCGCUGACAUCGUGACAACACCAGCUCUGUCUGUGUGGAUCUGUGCAGCUCGCUCUCCCGGUUGUGUAAUAUCUUCUUCUCUUCUUCUUCCUCCUGCAAGCGGCCGAGACCUGCAUCCGCGAGGAGAGACAGGAGAACAAGAGGAGGAGGAGGAGGAGGGGAAAAAACAAGGGGGGAUUGCAACAUUCAUCAGUAUUUAUUUUUCUUCCUGUUACAUGGCGCAAGGGCUAAACAAACGGGACCGUCCUGGGUGUGAUACUGCCACGGUGAAUUUGGAUAUUCAAGCAGCAGCAGCAGCAGUGGCGGCGGCGGCAGUAUCCUCCUCCAUCCACGGAAGAAGCAUCCUCGGCUGCGGCGGCGCCCACACAGACUCCUCGUCCUCCUCCUGCCGGCUCUAUGUCGAGUGAUGGUCGGCUUGCCUUGCUGGAUGCUCCCCGCUCUCUCCGGAUCGUCGACGACCGAACCUCCUCCGACCGCAGACCCCCAUUUUCGGCGGAAACCUUCCCAGAGCUAUAGAGCUACAUAUGGAAACUGGGGAUCAAAAUUUUAGGAAAAAGGAAAAUCUACGCGAUUAAUUUCUUCUCUUUUUAUUUCUUCUUCUUUUUUUGAUUUUUAUCGGUUUCUAUCUGUUUUUUUUUUGUGUGUUUUUAAAACCUGCUAAUUAAUUAAUUCAUUUGUUGAGCCUUGAUUUCCUCAUUCCACCGUUGUGAGAAGACAACGUGAUUUUUUUUAUUUUAACCCACAAUAGGUCGAGAAUCUUCUCGUUAAUUUCCUCUCGACGGCACUCGAAACCGUCCAUUUGUUUAAUCUCUUUUGUUUUCCACUAAUAUGUUCGAUUUCCCUGACCGUCCUUCGUUUCCCUCCCCACUUUAUUAUCCCCUGGCUUCUUCCCCUUUUGACUAAAACACAUUAGAAUAAUAUUUUAAAUAAUCUUUAGGGUAGCUGCUUGUUUAGUUAUAAUUCUGAAUUUUAAAUGUUAUAGCCUUAGACUAAAGUAACUGUAACUCACUGUAACAGACAUAUUGAACUGUUGUACUGUAAGCCUGCCAUUACUCUAACACCGCCCCCCCCCCCUAACCAUCUCUAUGGUUUGAGCUCAUGUUAAUUCAGCUCUGUGCUCAGCUAUAACCUUUACAAGUCAGGAAACAGGCUUUUUCUCCUCUUCUUUUGAAGGCCUGUGGAGAAUAAACCUCAGUUUGGUUUAUCUCACUUCCAUUUUUAGGCUGUGCUGUGCCACUAUAGGCUUUAGGACAUAAUUAGUCCUUUAUAGCUCCGUGUUAUUAUCCACACAUCUGCAGCUGGAGGCCUUCUGAGGUGCUGUCAUCCUCUGCAUACCUGAUUUCUAAUUUUUUGGGGGGCUGGUGUAUAAAAGUAUGAACAAAUAGAGAGGGGAGACAUCACUGCCUCUUCCUCUCUUUCCCCCCAAAAACCUCCAUACUCAGUUUUUCUCUUGUUUUGGUUCUCACCCAAACGCAACCAUAAGGUUCCUACCGCAUCCUCCUGGUCCUUCUUCCCUCUCCUUCCGCUCGAGUAUAUCCCGUUUUUUCGGUUUGGUUUGGUCCCGCAAAUUUUCAAAUAUUUACUUCCUGUACAUCAAGAGGAAAGGGGGUCCCCCUUUCAUGGAAUGCGGAAACAUGGGUCUGUUCGACCGCGGAGUCCAGAUGCUGCUGACCACGGUGGGAGCCUUCGCGGCCUUCAGCCUCAUGACCAUCGCGGUCGGCACGGACUACUGGCUGUACUCCCGCGGCGUCUGCAGGAGCAAGUCCAUGAGCGAGAACGAGACCAGCAAGAAGAACGAGGAGGUGAUGACCCACUCGGGCCUUUGGAGGACGUGCUGCUUAGAAGGAAACCUCAAAGGGAUGUGUAAACAGAUAGACCACUUUCCUGAGGAAACUACGAACUAUGAAGCGGACCCGUCUGAGUACUUCUUACGUGCGGUGCGAGCCUCCAGCAUCUUCCCCAUCCUCAGCGUCAUCCUGCUCUUCAUGGGAGGCCUGUGUAUAGCUGCCAGUGAGUUCUACAAGUCACGCCACAACAUCAUACUCAGCGCAGGGAUCUUCUUCGUGUCUGCAGGCCUGAGCAACAUCAUCGGGAUCAUCGUGUACAUAUCAGCCAACUCGGGGGACCCUUCAAAAAGCGAAUCGAAGAAGAACAGCUACUCUUACGGCUGGUCCUUCUACUUCGGGGCCCUGUCCUUCAUCAUGGCUGAGAUGGUGGGCGUCCUGGCCGUGCACAUGUUCAUCGACCGCCAUCGACAGCUCCGAAUAGGGGCGCGCGCAGCCGACUACCUCCAAGGUUCCGCCAUAACACGAAUCCCCAGCUACCGCUACCGCUACAGGCGUCGCUCGCGCUCCUCCUCCCGCUCCACGGACCCGUCACACUCCCGCGACACCUCGCCGGUGGGCCUCAAGGGCUUCAGCGCGCUACCGUCCACGGAGAUCUCCAUGUAUACGCUGCCCCGGGACACCCUCAAGUCCUCCGGCACGCCCACAGCCACCUACAACUCGGAGAGGGACCACAACUUCCUGCAAGUCCACAACUGCAUCCAGAAGGACCUGAAAGACUCGAGCCAGACCAACACAGCCAACCGCCGCACCACGCCGGUAUGAGGGAGUCGACGCAGGCCAGGGCAGCCCGGCGGAGAGACCAGGAGACACGGGAACCCCUGUGGGUGCAGACAGCCCCGGGAGAAGACGGAUUUCCAUGUUUAUAGACAUUUGUUCUUUUUGUUCAGCUGCAUGACGUUUCCAUUGCCAUUGUUGAGAGAGUUUCAACAGGUCUGCUGUGUUCCUGGAUUGAAUGGCAGAACAGUGAGAAUGGGUCAGGGUGUCCCGAGAGAGUGAGAUCUGUCAUUUUUUUGCGCAGGGUCUGUUUAUGAGGUUUUGGGCACUUAAAGAGAGGGGGGAGGAGAGGGGGGGGGGCAUUUAUGAGAUAAAGAUUUCAUGAUUUCAUAGCCCUUUGGUUUGAUAGUUCAGCCCCACAGGUUUGGUCAGAGCAACAGGUGAAGCUCAGAUAUACACCUCUUUUAUUUAUUGACUCCUUUGUUCAUUUUUUGCAUUAAAACUGUGAAUUGUUACAGUUUGGGAUUCAGUAAGAAUUAGCCCAAUCUGUAAUCUCUAACAAAGGUACUAUAUAUAUAUAUAUAUAUAUAUAUAUAUAUAUAAAUGUAUUACUUUUAUAAAUACAUUAUUAUGUUAAUAAUCAAGAGUUACAGACUUUACCGAAGCAAAAAAGAAAAAAAAAACAAGUUAACUAAACCAAGUGCUGUUGGUGAGAUGAGAAAAGACUCUUUCAGUUCCUGCUGGUGUGAAGGUUGAGAACAAGAGACGGAGCUUUAGGUAGCAGCAGUACACAGCGGCUGAUGCCACCCGAGGCAGCCAACAGUAGAAUAAUAUCUAUUCUUUUAAUAGAACCUUCUCGACUUUUUCUCAGUCCCUGUUCGCUUUCUUUUUUUUUUGGGGGGGGGGGGGG